UUGAUCGCAAUAAAGACGGACAAAGAGAUUACAAUGAAGUGCUUAUUGUUUGUAUUGGCUGCUAUUGUUGCUGUACACGCUAUUGAUGAAGACCCAAAUGCCCGAAUUUUGGCUUCUAAGAAUAUUCUGAAUGAAUAUCUUGUAGAAGGGAAGGACCUCACAGUCGAGUACUACCUGUACAAUGUCGGAGCAAGUGCUGCCUUGAAUGUCCAGCUUGCAGACUACAGUUUCCCUGAGGGUGAUUUUGAGGUUGUCCGUGGGUUCCUAAAUGCCCAGUGGGAGAGACUUGCACCAGGGAGCAAUGUGUCCCAUGCUGUGAUUGUCCGUCCAUUAAAAUCCGGCUACUUUAACUUCACAUCUGCAGAGAUCAGCUACUUGUCUGCUGAAGAUGCUGAGGAACCAACACUUGCCUAUACCAGUGCUCCUGGAGAGGGUGGCAUCAUUAGUCUCAAAGACUACGACCGCAAGUUCAGCCCACAUAUUGUUGACUGGGCCACCUUUGCUUUGAUGUGCCUACCUUCCCUGGGAAUCCCUCUCCUCCUCUGGUACUCCAGCAAAUCCAAAUAUGACGCACCAAAGGCCAAAAAAAACUAGAUGAUCCACACUACGUGACAUUAUUUCGGGACAAUGUUACAUCAUUGCGUGAUAUGUUUCGAACAGAUGCCAUGUUGUCCUGUAGCAAUGCCAUGUUGUGUAGAGAUAUAGACAUUAUGAAUAAAGACACUCUCCGUUAUGCAUGCUCAACGGGAUCUUUGAAUUAUGAGAUAGUUUUACAAUUUCAUUUGUUUCAUCAUUUUUAUUUUAGAUUUGCCAUUAAAGUUAUGUGUAAGCUCAUCCAAUCUUCAUAUGCACUAGAAAUAGUUAUACACAUUUUCAGACCUAAAAAGAAAAGAAAGUUUGAGUGAACAAGUAAUAAAGUGUCUGUAUGCAAACGAAGUUGGUGUCUGUUAUUUGU